GUAAACUUGUGUCCGAAGUCCACGCAUCCUUCCCCUUCCUCUCCCUGUGCCUCGUUCGGAUUCGUCUGCCGAACCUCUGACCGACUCCGACCUCCGACCUGGCUCGGAUCCAACGCGGCUUUCAACUAACCCCCGCCGUUACCUAGAGCUAAGCUCAGCAUCAACCCCAGUCCCCAAAUCGCUUCGCCUCUCACGCGCGUCGCCGCCCAUCGCCGUUCCUCUUCUGCCGUCGCGUCGCUGCUCUCUCAACCCCGUCCGCAGUCUUGACAAUCGAAUCAAAAUGGACAGCCAUCUAACACGCACACGUAAAAGACCGAGGCGCUGCUAUCACGAACCAGUCAUUAAGAAAACCAGAGCAAAGGUUCAUCUUGCAGAUCUUUCUGAGGAUCUUUUGUCUCUAGUUCUAUCAAAAUUACCGAUAAAGGAUGCAGUGAGAACUGGUGUUCUGUCAAGUAAAUGGAGGCAAGUGUCGAGGGGUUGCUCCAAACUGAAAUUUGAUGGUUUCACUGUGUGCGGCAGCGGUGUGUUUGGGGGACAAGAGUACACUCAGAAAUUCAUCGACAAUGUUAAUGCAGUCAUGCGGCAGCAGCAGUGCAUGGUUGUUGAAGAACUGGUGAUCAGAUUUGGAUUCGACAUCAAGCUAGUGGAUCAUGUGAAUACUUGGGUGGAUUUUGCUGUAUCAUCACGGACAAAGAGUCUUGCCCUUGAUUUAGCGCCAGCCAAAUUCCGUGCUGAUCAGUACAGAUUUCCUGUCGAGCUUUUAGAUGACGCAAGCCUAUAUCGGCUUCGUCAUCUGCAACUUAGCUUUGCUUCAUUUGAACUACCCUGUCAAUUCAGCGGUUUCCCGAAUCUGAGAACACUUGAUUUGCACAUGUUACGUGUCACUCGGAAGGAUCUUCAAGAUACGCUGUCAAAUUGCGUUAAUCUUGAGUGGUUCAGUAUGGUUAGAUGUCAUUUGAAUGAUGAGUUGACAGUAGGUCAGCCAUUAUCAAAGCUACUAUACUUGCGUAUUGUGCACUGCAAGAUAACCAAGAUAGUACUCAAUGCGGUGAAACUUGAAACGUUCAUCUUCUAUGGGCGUCUGUAUCCAGUUGACCUUGGGGGUGCUCCAGAACUGAAACACGUAGAUCUUGAUUUCUAUUCGUCUGUACCUCUUGAGCAUGCUUUGACUGUACUUCCCAAAGUGUUUUCAAGUGUUCAUGAUCUGACAUUGCGUGCUUUUAUUCCACUUAAGAUGCCCUUGCUGAUGGAAACCCCAUACAAGUUUUCCCAGUUGAAACAUUUAGAUUUGUGGCCGAUUCUAGGUCAUAAAGAAGCUAGCAAUAUUCUUUCAUUGGCCUCCUUUUUGAGGGCUGCUCCUUACCUUGAAAAGCUAGAGAUGCAUUUUAGCGGUUUUGAUUUCGCACAUCGGGUCUCACAUCCUAUCAAGAUCCUUCCAAGGUGUCCACAUAACUAUCUGAAGAGCCUGCAUAUUACUGGAUUUUCGGGAACAACAUCACAACUUGAACUUCUAAUGCACACCCUUGAAAAUGCUCAUGCCCUAGAGUUCUUGACAAUUAAAGGAGCUGACAUAGUUGGUCGUGAUCUAGAUCGUGAAGGGAAAAUAAGAUUUGUUUCCCAAUUUCAAAAACUAGAGAGAAGAUACCUUCAUGGAAUAAUUUCACCAAAUGUGAAACUGUGUAUUAUUUAAAUAUGAUCAUUUACUGACUCUUGAUUACAUUCUGGUGUAUGUGUCCUUCAUGGGAUAGUUCCACCAAAUGUGAAGCUGUGUAUUACUUAACUAGAUCAUUUACUGACACUUGUUUAUGUGUCCUGUGUACUUCCUUGUAUAGUUUCACCAAAUGCAAAGCUGUGUAUUACUUAUAUCAUUUUACUGACUCUAGUUUACGCCAUGCGUUUCUUGUAUGUAAUGCUUGUAGUAGAUUAUGUUA